GCGGAGGCGAGUAGGUUGAGCGGCCAAUAUGGCAGCCACUAAUGUUUGUGUUAAUGACAGAGGAACGGAUUGAAAGUGACAGUGGAGUGUUGAUUUUCUGUGUUGACUCUUUGUUUUAUGUAUUCUGGAUGUGUAUAUAGAAAUAUUCUAUUAAAGUAUCAAGUAUUUUUACGUGUGAGCGUGUGAGACGGGCUGCGUUGGCCCAAACAGCGUGAGAAAUCAACAGUUGAUUCGAGUUGGGGUGCAUUGUCAAGCAAAAUCUUCAAUUAAUGCUAAGUUAUCUAUGACACUCAAGACAUUGUUUGGAUUUCCAUUAAGGAAUGAGACUUCAGAAUGGAUGAGAGGCUGGAGUCGAUAGUGGAGGGCAAUGACUCUAACGACUCCAGUAACUUACGCACUGUGGUCAUCCAUCGAGGAGAGCGGGGCUAUGGAGUCACUGUCUCUGGAGAAAGUCCUGUCAUUGUCCAGGAUGUCAAAGAUGGUGGACCAGCAGCACAAGCAGGAGUUAAGAAGGGGGAUUCAAUCAUCAAAGUUAAUGGGACAAUAGUGUCGCAAAUCAACCAUAAGGAAGUGGUGCAGAUUAUUAAGUGCUCAUCCCAGUUUGUGAAACUGACAUUGCAAAGUUGUCCUGAAGGUGAGGUGACGAAUAUAGCAUCACCCCAGGAUCCUUCACACCGGCCCUUGCCCCCUACACCCACACAGUCCAAGUCAAACGAUCGUAUUACUGCACCAUUACCUGUAAAUACACAGGUACAAAAUCAGAUGGAGGUAAAUAAGGGAAAAAUUUUGACAAAGUACCUGGAAAAGCAACGGCGAGUAAGAGAUACUAUUAUGGUAGAGCUCCAGAGAGGUCCCUCUAAGGUUUUGCAGAGAAACCUUGAGAAGGAGUUGGAUUCUUUAAAUCGUCAAAUAUCCAAAAUACAGGAAGAACUCAAGAAUAUGAAAGACAUUGAAGCUCAAUUACACUCGCACCCUCGCUCCUCCCCACGCUCUCCCCCUCUUUCUCGACCAUCAUUUUCCCUCCCACACUCCCAUCAUUCACAUACACAUUCACUCUCUGAAAUUCCCCCUCCACUCCCAGCUCGUAACCGCUCCCUAGUCACUCAGAUAUCAGCCCCAUCAUUAACAUCCUUGACUCCUGCUCCUCCUCUUCCUCCUCGACACAUGCAGCUGGACAGAUUUGGGGAGGGAAGUCUAGCACAAAGUCUAGAGAACAUUCAUAAGGUGCAGAGUCUCAGUCAUUCUGUAAGUUCUGUUUCGGAGCCUGGGAGUCGUCCUCCAUCUCAUUACAGAGCAAAGUCGAGCCCUGAUCCCCUUGGCCUUCAUACUUGUACUGGUUAUGCAAGUGGAAGUGACUCUGUUGUUGAAGUUAAUUUGUCAGGUGGAAGUCGAAGUAAGGUGCCCUCUGUAUGUAAUGAAGAUAUUUCAGUUCUGGAACCCCCAGGAACUCCUCCUCCACCCUAUGCAUCUGGUUCAACAACCCAUCUUUACCCUUCUGAUGAGAUGGAGGAGAAUUAUUCUACUAUAGUUGAUGAUUGUGAUGGUGGGGGAGAAUAUGCACCUUCAGCUCCCCCUAUCCCUCCCCUUCAUGGCCUCCCUUUGCCGAGCCGACCAACCUUGCCAGGUCUGCCACCCAAGCCAGGUUCACAUCAUGCAAGCCCUUUUGCUUCACAAGUUACAAGCCCUACCAGCCCAAAUGGACAGGUAGUAUCUCCAAUCAACCUAAGUGGACUGUGCUCAACAGAGGCCAUUCUUAGUAUGGAAGAUGAGGAAUUUUCUGACACUGAACCUCUUGAAGACCAUGGUCCAUUCCAGUCUCUGAGCAAACUGUGGAACCAUAAUGCUUAUCUUGCUGUCUUUAUGAACUAUGUCAUAUCAAACUGUGACUCGUCCAGUUUGUUCUUUUAUGUGAUAACGCACCUUUACAAGGAAGGAGUUGGGAAGGAAAUGAAGCGAUGGGCUUACGAAAUCACUUCGACUUUUUUAUUACCUGGUGCACCUCUUCGCCUUAGUAAUGUUGAAGAGAGUGUUCUACAUGAAAUUGACGAAACUUUGCAAAAUGAAUUGGACAAAGAAGAAAUUCUUCGGAAGGUAUUUUGGAAAGCUCGCCAACGAUGUCGUGAAGAUUUAAAUGAGCAGCUAGCAGAUUUCCGCAACAAACGAAGUGCUGGCCUGGGGUCCAUAUUUGGGCCCCCAGACCAUUCCUUGGAGGAGAGUAUGCACAAUAAAACCAAAGAACUACAAAUUGUGGAGAGUCUACUUUUGCCCUGUCUUGAGUGUGUUUCGGAUGACCUCAAGAAUGCCACUGACCAUAUGAUUGUAACAGCCUCUAGUCUAGCCACCAUCCUGUUCAAAUACUAUGGGGUGAGAACUCAACAAGCUCAACAACUCAUUGAAAGGUGUCCGCUCUUUGUUAGUAAAGAGCGACCAUUGAGAAGUAAGAUCUUCAGGGGCAAUAAAAAGCAAGUGUAUAGAGACCAUCACUUCAAUCAGCACACAUAUUACAGUGUUACAUACUGUAAUCAUUGUGGCAUCAUUAUCUGGGGUAUUGCUCCACAAGGUUACCAGUGUACCAAUUGUGAAAUGAACAUCCACAAGUCAUGUGCCAAGCAAGUUGAAGAAGCAUGUAUAGGACAGUUACAUAAAAAAGACAAAAGUCGAGAUAUAAGAUUUAGUUCUAUUCUUGGCAAGAUCAUGGCAGAUGAUAAAGACAACAGAAGAAAAGUGUCUCAUGUCAACCCUGCACAAAUUGAAAAGGCUCGAAAAGGGCUUGAGGAAUGCAACUGCGAUAUCCAUGGGCUAGGAACCGAGACGGACACUAUAACAGGAGAGAAGGGGAACAGUGGGGCGCCGAGCGGUGGGAGCAACAAGGAACAGCGUCGCUCGGACCCUGGAAGCGCGGCCAGUUUGGCGCUGGCCAACCACCACGCGAGCACCACCAACGCCCCCACCACCAACAAUGCCCACACGGCCCCCACCAAUACCCACUCCUGUGUCAGUGGGGCCGACCUCCCCAACAAUGGCGCUGACCCUAUGGAGGACUUCGCCUCCACGGACUUGCCGGCGGCCAACUUGGGCUCAACGGACGGCGCCAGCGCCGCCGUCUCCAACACCUUCAGAUUCCUGCAGUCCGCCUGGUCCUCUCAGUGUGACUUACUUCCCCCGACCAAGCACAGUCUUCAGCAGCAGAAGAAAAAGUCUGGCACCCCGGUGAACAGAUCAGAGAGCCUUAAGGAGAAGCAGCAUGGUCGGAAACGGACGAGAGAGAACAGGAAGCACAGUGACCCAAACAUUCCCACCUCUAAGUCUGGUUUGUUUAUUUUCAGUGAUGUGGACGCAGAAUCUGGUCUCAUCCCUGGCAAUUCUGGAAGUUCUUCCAGUUCAAGUCUUUCACACGGCCUGGAUAGUCCGAGCACCUCCUUUGAACAAGUUUCUCGGACAGAUGCACCUUUGCCUGCUCCGGUCCUCGAAAAUGACUCUGACAUUGAGGCUGAGGUGGAUCUUCCAAACUGGCAAAAACUAGUCUCUGAUGAAGAAAUUAAGAAGCUCAAACCUAAAGAGCGCAAACGGCAAGACACCAUAAAUGAAUUGUUCCACACUGAACGGACGCAUGUGCGGGUCUUAAAAGUUUUAAAACACCUGUUUCAAGUGCCCAUGACAGAAGCAGAACUACUACCAAAAGAUCAGUUGGACAUUCUUUUCCCCAAUAUGGAUCAAAUGUUGGACAUUCACACAGUGUUCAAUCAGGCGAUGAAGAAGAGGAGACUGGAAGAACCACUCGUUCUUAGAGUGGGAGAUCUUCUAAUAGAUAUGUUUGAUGGUGAUAAAGGAGAUUAUUUCCAGCAACAAGCUGCAGAAUUUGUUAGAACGCAAUUUUUAGCAUUGGAAAAUCUUAAACAGCGCCAAAAACGAGACCAGAGAUUAUCAGCAUUUCUCCAGGAGCAAGAAAACAACCCAGCAUGUCGGAGACUUCAGCUCAAAGACAUGUUACCUGCAAUUUUUCAAAGAUUAUCAAAGUACCCUUUGUUCAUGGAGUCUUUACUAGCCUAUACUGACAGCACUGUGCAACCAGAAGAGUAUGACCAAAUAUCUCGAGCUCUAGAGAGAGCGCGGGAAAUUUUAGCAUUUGUUAAUACAGCAGUACAAGAAGCCGAAAAUAGUCAGAGACUAACCGAGAUACAGCGGAAACUUGACCAGUCAUCCUUAACAAAGAAUAAACAUGGCCACUCCGAUGAAUUAAAAGGGAAUUUGGACCUGACCAAACAUCGGCUAAUAUAUGAGGGUCUAUUAACAUGGAGAAUUGCGAAGGGUCAGAAAAAUAUCGAUCUCUUGGUUUUGCUUCUGGAUGAAUUUAUUGUCCUUUUACAAAAAGCAGAUGAUAAAUACGUCCUCAAAAAUCACUCCAUUAUCAAAUCCCUUGGCAAAGAUGAUAACAAGUUAACUCACUCGCCUAUUAUUAAAUACGGACCAUCGAUGCUCUUCAGGGCAGUAGCAACAGACAAUUGUGCUUUCUUCAUAGUCACAACCCAGUCAGUAGGAGCUCAGAUCUAUGAGCUUGUUACCUCAUCACCCAGUGAGCGGAAAGUAUGGUUCCGGCACAUUCAAGAAGCCCAAGAAGCAUAUACAGCCCGAGAUGGACGUAAUCGUCGAUCACAUCCCCAGACCCCUCUUCAAGACUCUGAUGAUCAGCCUCCAUCUUCUGCAGAUGCCCUCAGAGAUGUGGAUGACAGUGUGGAUGUUGAAGGUGGGGACUCAGCAGACAGCACACACAAUGCUACUGUUGACAGUAAAAUCCAAGGUGCAUCUAUAUCUGCUGAGCAGAUUAGUAAACCUGAAGAGCCAUCCACUACUCCCUCAAGUACACCAACAACACAAGCUCCAGCAUCACCAGACACACUUGCAAAGAAAACAGCAGAGGCGGGCGGGGCAAGCAGCAGCAGUAGCGGCCCAGGUGGCCCUUCCCCCUCGGCCGGCCGGAGCCCCGCCUCUGGCCGCCGUCUACAGGAGGUCCAGAUCAUCCAGAUCGUGGAGGGCACGGCACUCAUCCAGCCUUCCGAGGUGAAGGUUUCUCAGGGAGUGGUCCUCUCUGCUGAGCCUGUCCUCACUCCCAUAGAGCAUCUACGGCGAAAAGACUUAAAAAUUCGACAGGCAUUAGAGGAGAAGCAACGUAUUAUUGCUGACAUCCUAAACAUUCCACAUGAGCACUUUGAGAACGUGGUGGACAUGGCAGGGGAACCAGCAGUAGGCAAUAAGGAACCCAGAGAGCUGGUCUUGGCUGCGAUGUUUCAAGCCAAAUGUUUUCAAGAAACACUUAAUGAAGCCCUCAACAUUAGUGAAGGAGACAUUGUGGCUGCAAGAGCUAACAAUGGCAGUGCUAACAAGGCUACCAGUUUACCCUUGUAUCAAGCACCAAUGACGAAGCUUUUAAGCAUUUCUACAGCUUUAUCUCAACAACUUUCUUCCCUCCUAAACCUGGUGUCUGAGAGAGAUGAUGAACGAGAACGCAUGCGGAAAGAACUGGUAGCAUCAAGGGAAAGGCUACACCACCUUCACAUGAGGCAAAAUUCGGUAUCAAACCAAAUAUCAGCUACUACCCCAAGUCAAUCUGCUUCCACCACUUCACCAGUAAUAUCAGCAGGUAUAACCCCUCCCACAAGCACCUCACCCCACACUUCCAGACCAAGUUCGUUCGUGUCAGUAGCAUCUACAGCAGAACAUUCUGAUACACCUGAUCAUCAUGAUACUGAUGAAGAUGGUGGAAAUGAAGUACCUAAAAUCAACAGUUCACAUCUUGAAGAAUGUGAAGAUUCCAAGGAGGAUUCUGUUCCAGAGACAUUUGAAGAUGCAGAGAGCGGAUCAGAAGUAAUGGAAACAAAUUCUGCAGAAGUGGAAGGCUCUUCACAAGGUCAAGAGAGCAGUGAAGGUGGCAGAGAGUGUGAAGGCAGCACAGAAACCAUUACCUGAGGACUAUGAUGGUGAAUGCGGUGGAGUGCUUCCUUCUUGGUUAUUUUACUGGUAUCCUCUACUGCAUUGUUUGGGGAAUAUGUCAGAUGUGUGCCUCUACUGAUGCCUUGGCUUUGUGGCUGUAGUAAGCACAACAGAGGCAUGAAGACAGGUGCCAGGAACCAUGGCUAUAUGGCUUACUGCUCCCCAUACACUCAUCCUUGUGGAGAUUACUUGUCAAAACCACCACUGAACUCAACAUGCAGGCUGGCUGGCUGGACCGUUUUGGUCAGGGACCUGAGCAUAGCAACACAAUUUUUUUUUUGUCUAUGUAUGAUAUUGUAAAUGAAAAGAUUAUUAAAUUUGAUAUAAUUAUUUACUCCUGAUAUAAUAGAUGAUUGGCAGUGUACAUGUGCAACAUAUGAAUUUAAGCUGGCUGGACUUGGUGUGGCCAAUCAACAGAGAUUGUACAUAGAGUAUUAUGGGUGCAUGGUAUAACUCUUGAAACCAGAUUUAAUGAUGCUGGCACAUGAGUUGUCAAAAGUGUGUAAGGUAGUAUACAUCGUGGCUGUUUCCCAGUUCCAAAGGUGAUUAUCAACAGGCAUAGGUUCCUGUAGCAUGUGGAACCCUCAUAAUAAGGUUGUAACAACAUUCUAAAUACUGAUUUUGGAAAGUAAGUGUUGAAGUAAUUGUUUGGUUGUAAUUACCAUUAAUGUUGUCACAUUUGUAAUAUGUAUACAAUAGACCUUAUUUAUGUAUCCUCUGUUUCUGCUACUGUUCCAUAGUUUUCAAACUUUCAUCUCAGUAACCACAUGCUACAGUUCCAAGUUGACUGAAGGUAGGGAUAUCUCUUGUCAGCUUUUUCAUCACAUGUUUGUUGUAAUUUGUUCAAAUAUAAUAAAGAAUUCACCUGGUGUCAAUUACGUUCCUAGUCCUUUGUGUUGCGGAAUGCUGCUGCUGCUGUCCUGCCGAGUGACUGUGGACCAACACCCAAAUUCUGAAUUCACUAUCUUAGGAUACAUAUACCUCUCUCUAAAUAGGACCCGUCACCACAAAAUCUAACCAUGAAAAAAUGAACUACCUAAGCACUUUAAAAUAUUCCCAUAUAUUUCAAAAUUGAGCUCUUAUACAUCUAUAUUACCAAAUUUUUACCCAAUAAUGUGCUAUGUGAAUGAAUGUUAUAAGUGAAUUUUACCGACAGUAUAAAUAAUGUUCAUUCAUGUCAUACAAAGUUAUAUUGUAAACAUUAAAUGUCCUGAAGAUAUAGUUAGUGUUUUCUGCUGUUACCCCCCAAAUUGCUGCAGAGACCUCUGGUAUUCAGAUUAUGGUGACAAUCCAGUGGGACGAGUCAAGUUUAGGUGGUGGUGGCGGAUGAUUCAUGUCGCCCGUCUUUAAGGCAACCUCAGGUCAAAGGAGAGUAAUGCAUUCAAGACCCCAGUGUGACCUUGCCUGAUCUGGGGCUGACCUGGUGACUAGCAGUGUGUAGGGAUGGGGGACCAGUGACACUAGGCAUUCCCACGUGACUAUGUUCCCACUCUGCCCUACUGGUUGUCAGGGGCUUGUCAUCCUGUUGCAAAAAAGGGUGUUUGUUCUCUUGUUCAUUUGUAUGUACAUAUCUUUGUUGCCCAAAUAUUGUGGGUAUACAGUAAACACAUUACCACAAAAAUUAUCAUUUGUAAAUUGUAAUAAUAUAAUUGUAUAACCAAUCAAGCAUAAUGUAUAGUGCAGCCUAAGUGCAUAAGUAAUAAAAUGUAAAAUAAA